AGAACUCCGGUAAAAUUCCAGAUACGACCAGUCUAGAAAAUCGAAAGCAAAUAUCGAGUUUUUGAUGAAAAUCCGAUUUUGUCCAGAGUACCCAGACCGAAUGCUUCUCUGAAAGAAGCUGACAUUUUACCUGUAGAGAGAUACAACCGAGAUGUAUGUAUAAUGAAAAUUUCGGACUCGUCUCUAUUUUCAGUUCGGAUUCGGAGAUAGUAACCGUUAAAUUUGUUAAAAAAAUUGAUUUGGCCGGGUUUUGUGACAUCCAUAGAAUACCAAGAAAUACUCCGAUAGUGUUGUCAAUUUUUGAAUGCGCAGAACUAAAUGAUGUAUGAAACUGCAGAAAAUUUCAGCUUAAUCGGCUGAACUGUUCUUGAGAUAUAGGAUGCUGAAAAUCGGCUUUAGUAAAAGUAGAAUUUUCUAGGGUUCGUCGUAGAACUCGAAUAAAAAGCCAACGGUUCCAUAUUUUUUGAAUCGGUUUUCACCAAAAUGCAUAAAAUGCUUGCCUGUGCCACAUAUAUGAAAAGGAGAGGAAUCCGAGGACAUGAAUUGUGUACUUUCGGUCGUGGCUUACAUGGACUGGUUCAUGCGUAGAUGAUGAACUGUUGCUGCAUUGUGUUGUCAUAUCGUUUGUUUAAAAAUGGGAUCAUUACCAUUUAUCAUAAUACGGCGGACUUAACAGAGAAAUUCAUUAAAUUCUACUACUAGUCGAUUACAACUUUUUUGGAAAAUGUUCGAAUUCACUUGAUAUUCAUUUCUAUUAUGAUUUUUCAGAAUAAUUCCGAUUAAAUAAGCAACUGGAACAUUGAACAUAUUCACUAGAUUUUAUUUUCUUACUUCUUUCAUUAAGGAAGAAGUGUUAUUUCCUGAAGCAUUAUGUCAAUUCCUAUCCCUUGACUAAUCGCUGUUAUAUGUACUUAUGCACAUACUAAAAACCAGAAGAACUUAAUUCAAUUGAUAAAAAGAUUGAAAGCUUUUUUAUACUUCUUUGAUGAUAUUGACCACCAUGAAUCAGCGAAAUUAUACUUCAUUGUUGCUUUUCACUUGUUGUAUAGUUCAUACCAUACUUUAUUACAAAAGGAAUUACAAGUAAAUAACGUGUUUUCUUUUACAGAAUAUGUGAGUUCCACAUUUCAGCUACAAAGCAGCUGCGCUGACAAGCUUUUUUUAUAACGUAAAAGUGCAUAAAGCUAUCGUAUACAUUUUUCAGCAUGAUUUUAUUUUAUUUUAUUCAGUUUCAGAGUUUUCAGGACUGUUAAAGUACUUGGAUGUCAUUUAAAGUACUUUGAGCGACUUUAAGCUACUUUGAACUACUUUGAAGUUACUUUAAGCUACUUUAAGCUACUUCACGCCACUUUACGCUACUUUACGCUACUUUAGACUACUUUGGACUACUUUUGUACUUUGAUGUACUUUUCGACUUGAAGUACGUCGUUUCCCCCUUGGUGUGUGGUGUGGGUGUGAGUGUAUGUUGUUUCUUCACCCACACCCACAUCCUCGACUAAUAUUCAACAGACUCGUUCACUUGUUUUGAACAAUUCUAUUCUGAUCUACCAUAGACAAAAUCGCUCAACGUUCGUCUUCUCCAGCCACUUUCUACCUCAGUUAACAACGUCUGGCCGUAUCUUCUUGCAGAGUAGAGAACAGAUAAUAAAUCUGAAUCAUCAGAUGUUAUUUUACGUUGGCGUCAUAUUUAUGAAGAAUACAAAGCUAAAAGUAUUUGUAUUAUUGGCUAUGCAAUCGAUUGUGACAGUCGUUAUUUGCAUGCCAUGAGAAUAUCUCGUGGUUUUUUUGGUAAUUUUACUUAUGAUGACCAUCCAGAUAUUCUUACAAUUGACCUUCCAACUAGCUAGUUCCGGUUUUUUAUGCAACACAGAUAGUUAUAUGUAUGUAUACAGGAUCCGAUCCAUAUAUGUACAAAAGUAUGCAACCGACUUUUUUCAAAAACGGCAACACUUCUUUUAGAUAAUCAAUUAAUCAAUAUUGAACCACUUCUUUAUAUAAUUGAAGAAUUUUCUAAAUUUUAUCAUGCACUUGUUAGGUAUGAUAUCCAUUCUAAGGAUCAACAGAAUUUAAAAUCUUGCAGAAAGAUUUCAAACGGCAACCUUUUUAAUUUUCUUGAGCAAGUUCCAAAUGCUAUUAGUAUUAGUAAUCAUCUAAAUGUAGGUAACAGAAACAAUUUGAAAAUAGAUAAAGUAAUUUCGGAUCCUAUUCAAUUUGAAAAUAGAUAAUUAUUUAAAGUGAAUUUAAGGAAAGUUGUUUAAAUAUACUCAAAUACAUUGAUUGAUACUAAUCGAAAAUUUUUAAUGAUUACCUUUUUCAUCAGGGUCAGAGAUGAGCUCGAUUCGGUUUGUGAACGGAAUCGAAUCGAUAGUAUCUCUGAUUAGGAUCAACAUAGUCUGAGCACCUUUGUCAAGCUAUUGGAAAGGUUUUCAUUGUUUUUCAAAAACUCGAGUUUUUAAUUACUAGACAAAAAGAUCUGAGCAAGGUCAUAGAUUAUCAUUUUAAAGUUUUGUGAUAAUAACUAUUAACUGUGGUUUUUUGUUACAGGCUAUCAAAAGCACUCAACUCGGUUAUAUAGAAAAAACAACAGAUAUUAUGGACCGGAUAUUUCAUAUGUGAAUCGUGGUGUUUGUUUUCCAAUUUUCAUUUAUGUGGAUUAAUUCAAUGGAAAAACACGAUCUUAAUUUAGUUUUCACGCAACUAUCCGACUAAACCACAUCUAAUAAAUAGAAAUGUAGCACAAAAUUUAAAUACUUUACCAGGUACCAACAGUACUUCUCAGUCGAAAUUAAUGCUCGUAGUCUUAUAUAUCUUACUGUACUUGUCUCAUAAGGACAACUUCCUCUUGAAGCUCUUCAUAUAUGGUUACAAAAUUCUCAAACUUGCGAAACUACCUUUAGAUCGGCUAGAUCCAUAUCUAAUAUUAAUUCAGCAGGUGUGAACUUUACCGUUUCACAGUUUCGUAAUCGAAUCAAUAAAUUAUCCACAUUACAAAAUAUCAAAAAUAACACAUAUGAAAACAAAUUACGUUUUCCUCAACAUCAUAAAGUAUCAUCAGCAUUACGAAAUACCUCAAACUCAUCAAAUACAACUUUUAUUUCAAAGACUGAUAUUAAAAAUAGUGUUCUUAAUGCAUAUAAAUAUGUGACUAAUCUUUUUAAACCACUUAAAAUCAAACAGUUGUUACGAAAUGGACAAACAAUUGCAAUUCAAGAAUUUAGUAAUACCAUUUCAUCUCGACUGGAGGAGUUUUCGAUAACGAAAAAUGAUGAUAGUAACCAAAAAAAUGUAUAUUUAGAUACUGAGUCAGAUGACGAAACAGACAGUAGUAUUCAAAACAAUCUUGGAUAUGAUAAUGACAGUGAUGAAGAAGUAUAUUUAGAUGAUAGUUAUGAUACUAUACAUAAUGUUUACAUAUCUGUAAAUCGUGGGAUAAGAUUGGCCGACAAUGUGAAAGAAGAAUUUGCUCAUACUUACUUUCAAGCUAUAAUUAAUGGUGAUAAACAAUAUCUUCAUAAACAAGCCACUUGCUGCCUUUUGAAAAAAGAUAGAACUUCAUUAUCCUCCGAUCAAGUAUCACGAGUUAGAGAUAAACAACAGGUUACAUCUUGA